AUGGAAUUUAAAAAAAAAAGAAGGCUGUGUUAUUCAACUGUAUAUCGAGUCAUCCAAAGAUAUGUACAAUUUAAAACCACAGCAGAUUUGCCAAGAUCUGGUCGUCGAAGAAAAUUGAACAACAAACAAAUGAAAUCUAUAGCAUUCACUGUGAAUAAUAAUAGUGGUAUUAGUCAUAGAAUUUUAUCAAGACGUUAUAAUGUUGACCAUAGAACAAUUGGCAGAAAUUUAAAACAACGAACAAAUAUUCGUCCACGACAACGAAUUAAAGCACCGAAAUAUGUUAAAGAUCAGGAGAAGCGUGCACAAAACAUUGUGGAUUUUUAUAUCGUCAUAUUUUGA